AUGCCAUUAGCAAUAUGGGAUGAUUUUGUACAUAAAAAAAUAAUUUGUUUUACGAAUAGGUAUGCCCUGGAGGCAAUAGUCAAAAGAGUUUAUAGAUUUCAAAAACCAUGUGUAAUGAAAAAAAGAAAUGGAAAAUAUAUAUCAGUUCAUUUGUUUGUUGAAUUUGUUCAAGAUUUUUCAUCAUUCAAAGUUUAUGUGAUCAAUCAAUAUACACCAGAUUUAGAUUCUGAUUUGUCAUCAGAAUAUAUUUGUAGAGAGUUUUUAUCAAAAAAUUGUUGUUUAGCAUUGGAUGAUAUUAUAUAG